GGCGGUGUGGAGCUCUGUCUGCCCCCUCUGCCGAGAGAGCAACAAGGAAGCAGCAGAAAGCGCUCCCUGUUUGUGUUGAAUAAAGUCCUGUUUAUUAGCAGUCUAACUGUAGUAAUGUCGGGCUCAGUGUAAUGAAACAACACUUAAGAGGAGGAACAAUGGCAGACGAAGCUCCUUUCCAGUUUCUACAUAACGAAGUGAUACAGUACAUCUACAAGUCAGCUGACAGCGGGGACACGGAACAUGGCGGGGACAUCUCUACCCUGGAGAACAUGGGCUGUAGAGUGGGCCAGGGGCUGGUGGAGAGAUUAACCAAAGACACGGCACGGUUCAAAGAUGAGCUCGACAUCAUGAAGUUCAUCUGUAAGGACUUCUGGACAUGUGUGUUCAAGAAGCAAAUUGACAACCUCCGAACCAAUCACCAGGGCAUCUAUGUUCUCCAGGACAACAAGUUCCGAUUGCUGAGUCAGCUGUCGGCAGGGAAACAGUAUCUGGAACACGCCCCCAAGUAUCUGGCCUUCAGCUGUGGACUGGUGAGAGGAGCACUGUCCAACCUUGGAGUGAAGAGCAUCGUGACUGCUGAGGUGUCCGUCAUGCCUGCAUGUAAAUUCCAAAUCAUGAUCCAGAAAAUGUAGCUACUAGCUGAUGCCACUCUCACUCCUCUGCCUUCAUACAUAUCCCUGAUCAUUUGUCGUGAAAAGGGAAAUGCUACCCAUCGUCAUCAUCAAUUAUGUUCUCCUCUGCUUUAGCUAACAGUUACAGUUACAACGUUUUUGUCGAGACGUUCAGUCUUAGAAGAGAUGUGUUUGUUGCUGAUGAUGAUUAUUUGUGUUUUUCUAGCAAUGUUAUGUUAUUGAGAUGACUGUAGUGGAAUUGCUUUGCGCCCUCUUCAUUUGAUGCAAAGUAAACCGUUAAAUAUUUUUAAAUGAUCAAAAGGUCUGUCGGACAUUAUCAUAAAAAGAUAUACAUGCAUAUUGUCCCAUGCCUUUAGUUAGCUCUAAUUAUAAACUUAUGUUAAGCCAUUCAUAGAAAGAAACAACAAAAACCCAACAAUAUAUAGACAAAGAUGAUGUAACAUUUGAAAAUGGGGCCACCCUGUCCAGCUUCACCCCCAUCACAGUGUCUGUUUACAGCUUUCACACCACUGACAAGCUAAUGAAAAUAAAUGAUCCGUGAAUACAGUCAUCUGUGUGUUGUUCUCUCAAAGUGAUUGACAGGGUUGGGAGGGUUACUUAACAUUUGUAUCGAUUACAAUGAAUAGUUAACUGUAAAAAAAAAGUGAAAUCUGUCGCGUAACCUGAGUAUCACAACAUAAGUAAUGUCACCUGAGUACUUUCUGUUACUUUUGGAGAUGAUCCCCCCCCCCCCCCCCCCCUCUGAUGAUUCGCCUGCAUUUCUUGUGUUAAGCCCAUUGUAAUUGUAUUCAACCCAACUGCUCCUUAGAUGAAAAUCACUUGUAUAACUCACCCUGCAACUUGACAUUUCAACUUAUUGUGAGUGGAAAAUAAUGAAGACACCUCUAGACACUGCUAGCAAGAUCUUUUGUUAAGAGCAUUGAUGGUUCCGGGGGCAGGACACCAGACUUAUGGAAAUGUAUUUGAAAAAGUUUUUUGUGUGGAAAUAUAUUGCAAUCUCUAAUCUUUCUAUGUGCCCCCUGCAAUCACCUAGGGGUCCCCUUACCCCCGUUCCUGUUGGGAACCACUGUUCUAGGAAGUUGGUGGUCUGGGGGAACAUUGUUUGAUGUCACACACUUAUGGAAUAACAACGCCUGCAGUUUAUUGUGUCCCUGUAGCCUCCAUUCAAUCAGGAGAGACGUGUUUUGAUGUAACAAUAUAUAUUUGUCGCCAAGAAAUACACAGAUGAAUGUUAUGGUGUUUGAUUAGACCCCGUUGUUCGGGAGUAUCACCCAGGACGAAUAUACCGAGCGUAUAAGAACGAAAUACGUGAAUGACUAUAUAAAGACGGUCUUCCUGGUUGAACUUG